UGUGUUGAUCGCUGUCUAACUGGAGUGCGCGAAGAGACAAAGCAAUCGAACAAAUAGUAGAGCGAACAGUGACAUAUAUGUAUAUACAUAUACACAUAUGUAGAUUCUGAAAAGUACUAUGUAUAAUAAAUCGUGGGGGCAGAAUAUGUCAAUUCUUGUCAAUCAAUAACUUAAACUGACCAAAGUUAUGUAGAGUGGGGCUGGGUUAAAUUUCGUCGGUUUUCAGAAUUGGAAGUGUUCAAUAAAAACGGUUGAAAUCCCAAUCAAAUGUGCGGCAAAGAAAGCUUUGGGUACAGAAUAUACAAAUACAAAGUUAAACAACUUCAAGUAAAUAAAUGAAUAGAUUAUUAAAUGAAAUAGACUCCCUCUUAUGAGUGUUAAGUGAUGAGCGUAGUGAACUUUUGAUAAGUUUCAACUUGGAAGUUAAAAGAAAGAAUCAUAAGCCAAAUGAAAUAAAGAAAAAACACAUAUGAGGCAUUCAUUAGUGCAGACUUUAGGAAGACAAGUGCAGCAUGUCUUAAAAGAUGUGUGCCAAUUUGUUUGAUCAAUAACCUCUCUAAGGGGAAAUAAAAUAAAUAGCGAAAUUUUAACAUAAUUAUCAGUUGCUGUUAAAUCGGUGAAGGGAGAACUGAGCCAACAACCGGACUUAUCGGCAGCAUCAGCAACUGCAGUGUCUGCAUCGGUUAAAUCGAAGGCAUCAGCCCCCGCACAGCAAGAUUUCACAAGCAAAGCAGCAAUCAGAAAACAUUUGGCGACGUUGGUGACAUCGUGACGCAUAAAUCACCCUUCAAGUGAAAACGCAGUAGCAUGACAAAAAUAUUGCGUCACUCGACGGAACCGUCAACUCCAACAGUAGCAUUGACAGCAGCGGUAACAGAUAACGACUUAAACAAUGUUUUAACCAUCGCAGCUUAUAACCUUACCACAACGUAGAAUAAAGAGUGUUUGUAACAAAGAUUGCUCAUUUGUACCGUUCUUGUUGCCGCCGACGGUGCCGUUAGCCAUUGCGAACUUCGCUGCCACGGCACCUAGCUCCGCUACCGAGAAGAUGCUCAGUGAUCGUUCGCUGCUCUUAGCUUUCGGUGGCGGAUUUAAUUUAAUCGAUAAGCAACUGAGCGAUAUUGGUGCAAAUCUGCCCACCUCGCCUUCACCUGCAGAAGCCGCUGCAACAGCUUGCAUAUAUUUAGAGAAAGUGAAACAUGAGAAGUUAUCGCCGCAUGUGACAAAAGCGUCAGAAGCACAAUUUGACUCCUUAAACGAUGCCAGCAUGGAGUCAGCGGCGAGUAUCAAUAAUAGUAAUUGUACCAAUCGAAAUAGCAAUAAUAAUAAAAACAGCAACAGUAAUAUUGCCAACAGUUUAAUAAUUAGUCAAGUGAAAAAUGCGCUUAGUGGCUCCUCCAGCAAUCUAACUAUUGCUAAUAUGACCAACAAUCAUCCCCACCAACAACACUCACUCCAUCACAGUUCUCAACAACCCCAGUCAGCCCAAAAGCAAGCACAAAAGAACAAUGUAAGCAACAUUGGAAAUGUGAAGAGGGAAGGGCUGAGUCCGGGUGCUGGUCCUAAUGGUGACCUUCAGUCAGUGAUGUCGAGAUCACGCAGCACCACACCUUCAUCAUUUCGUGGUGCUUCGCCUCAACAUAUGUCGACAGAAACACUAAUGCCACUAACUUCGAUUUUACGGAUCCAGCAAGCUGCAUCAGCUGGGCGUCAUAAUUCAUCUAUUAUUGCCGCCACCAUGGAUACUGCGCAUCUAGUAACCACAAAUGCUGCACUCCCGACAGAGUUUUCAACACACAACUAUUCCGAUAUUAUGCGCAAUUUAGCGGCCAAAUAUAAUGAAUCCAACCCAAUAAACUCCUCUUCGGCUCGGCGUAAUACCUUUUUUGAAAAUUCAUCAACAACUCCUACCGCCUCUGUUCUCAGCAAAAAUAUCAACCAGCAAACUGGCAUUAGAAAUGCAGGUGCUGCAGCAUCGCAAAGUGCUUUACCUAAGAAAGACGCACAACCGCAACUGAUGCCACAACUAUCCAUGUCACCGGGAGAAGUAGCGGUGGCAGCGGCUGCUGCAUCUUUUCUAAGCAAUCUUCCAUUCUCACAAAGCGUGUGUCCGCCAUUGAUCGAUAUGAGCAGCACACAAGCUUUAGUUACAUUGGCACGUGCAGCUAAGGAAGCCGAGAUUCAGACUAUACUUCGCAAUACUCAGCAAAAUCCCAAACCAAUAAACUCCACACCUGCCUCACCACAUCCCAAUCUCAGUGUUGCAUUACAACAGGCCGCACAAUUUGUUUCACCCGCAUUUAUUUAUUCUACUCAAUUGCAACAACAGCAGCAGAUCCAAUCUUCACGUCAGUCUAGUCCUUUGCACAGCAGUUCUGUUCAGAAAAGCAAAUCAUCAGUGGCUACAAGUGCGGCGACCGUGCCUCUUGACUUGAGCUCCCAACCACCAGCGGCCAAACGAUUUAAAAUGGAAUUACAUGCUGCUGGUAGCAAUAGUGAAUCAGUUGGACCUGUUUCAUCAAAUGCAGCAAUGGCCCCUUCGUCACCAACAUCAGAAAAUAAUGUCUUGAUUGGUUCCAGUGGUGGAGUACAAAGAGCACGUUCGAAUACACCUGACAAAUUCAGCGAUUCAGUCUCACCAGCGCCGGCAAUAACUCGCCAGUCACCUACUACACAACAAUGUCAGGCUCAAAGUGAAGAAGUAGCCCGGUGGACCGUUGAUAAUGUAUGCGCUUUCGUGGGCGAAAUUGAUAUAUGCGCUGAUUAUGUGCAGCAUUUUCGUGAUCAAUGCAUUGAUGGCAGCGGUUUGCCUUUGCUCACGGAGGACCAUUUGCUGAAUUCAUUGGGCAUGAAAUUAGGACCUGCGUUAAAGUUGCGGUCAAUGCUUGCGAAAAAACUAGGCGGUCCCUGCCCAUGCGUGGCAUGCAUUACACAAACACGGCAAAUGUUGGCCUUACAAGCCGCUGCUAAGAAUGAUGCAGCGAGACCGAUAUCAACAAUGCCAAUAGAAGCACCAGCAGCAACUGGAGAUACAAGCACGGUUGGACCGACUAACGAUAUCGCCGCCAUUAGCGAUAUAAACGAGAAAGAAAAACAGAGUCGUGAAGAAAGACAAGAAGUCCAACAAACACAAACACAAAUAACGGAGCAGCGGCGACCGAGUGUCAGUAUCAAUAAUGAGAGCAGCAGUAGCUGUUCCGCCCUCACACUACAGAUAAGCGCCAAUAUAUAUAAGAAUGAGCCGAACAGUGACAGUCACAACAAUGAGAAAGUAAGUAGUGAGAAUAAGAGAAGCGGCGUAAAAGUAGCUAACAAAACGACUGGCGGUAACACUUGCUGCAUACUCGACACUCCGUUUGAUUCCAUAGCAAAUAAAGACUGCAAAAGUAAUAGUAGAAGUGGCGGGAGCAGUAACACUAAGAACGGGAGUUUACAACGAGCCGGAACAGGUGAUGUCGCAGAUGUUGGCAGUUAGCUUCCGUUUUUUGAUAUUGUGUAUAUGGUAUUACUAUAUAUAUUAGUACUGCCCCCACUAUAUAUAUUAGUACUGCCCCCACCGAGCUUGAUAAGCUAUGAUUUUUUGACACUGGGGCAUAA